UUUAUCUAUCUUGACUUGACUAACAAAACACUCUGCUUCGAUCAUAUUCCGAAAAACUAAACCCUAAUAUUGUAAUCAAACUCUCCCCAAUAUAAACUUGCACAAAUUCAAACCCUAAUAACUCCGAAUCACAAAACUUUCAAUCGCGAAGCUCAUCGCCGAUCUUUCCAAAAUUCAAAUUCCAUUUUUGCUUUUCCUCAGCUUUCAAUCACAGAUUCAAUUACACGGUUUUGAAGCUCACUGAACCAAUGCUUGGUGGAUUAUACGGAGAUCUCCCUCCACCUUCAUCCACAGAUGAAGAAAGAACCACCAAUUCGUCCAAUGUGUGGUCGAGCAGCGCCAAAAUGGCGCCAGCAACUCUGCGCAAACCGGCGUCGUCCUUUGCGCCGGCCCAAACGAUUUUGAAAUCUCAAAACAAGCCCAAGACCCUAAUUUCAGCGCAGCCAAAGACUGUUGUUCCGUCGGUUGCAACGGUAACGACGGUGGUGGCCGAUGACGGGGCGAGGAGCCCAGCUUUUCAACCGGCACUCGUCGGGGUCCAAUCGACGGUUUUUGAGGAAUAUGACCCGGCGAGGCCUAAUGAUUAUGAGGACUAUAGGAUAGAGAGGAAGAAGAAGGCAGUGGAGGCGGAGAUGAAGAGGGCAUUGGAGAGGAGGCGGCAGGAGGAGGAGGAGAGGGAGAGGGAGAGGGAAAGGGAGAGGGAGAGGGAGAGGAGAGAGAGGGAGGUGGCGGAGAAAGAAAGAGAGAGGGAUCAUGGGGAUGCGAGGCUGAAUAUCUCCGGUGAAGAAGCAUGGAGAAGGCGUGCGGCGAUGAGCGGGGCGGUGCCAAGGUCGCCGUCUCCGCCAUCAAGUGGAGAUGGUUUCAGUAUAGGGAAGUCCGAGUCGGGUGGGUUGGGCGUUGGUGCAGGUGGGCAGAUGACUGCUGCACAAAGAAUGAUGGCCAAAAUGGGGUGGAAGGAAGGGCAAGGGCUUGGAAAGAAGGAACAGGGGAUCACGACCCCGUUGAUGGCCAAGAAGACUGAUAGAAGAGCAGGUGUUAUUGUCAAUGCGAGUGAGUCUAAGCCUGAGAAGAAGGUGAAGAGUGUGAACUUCAAUGGUCCUCCAACUCGGGUUAUGCUGCUCAGAAACAUGGUGGGCCCUGGUGAGGUAGAUGAUGACCUAGAAGAGGAGGUAGGAUCAGAGUGUGCCAAGUACGGAACUGUGACUCGGGUCCUCAUAUUUGAGAUAACGGAGCCAAAUUUUCCAGCUGAGGAGGCAGUUAGAAUUUUUGUGCAGUUUGAGAGAGCAGAGGAGACAACUAAAGCGCUUAUUGACCUCGAAGGUCGCUUUUUUGGGGGUAGGGUGGUUCAUGCUUCUUUCUAUGAGGAAGAGAAGUUCAAUAAGAAUGAGUUGGCUCCAAUGCCGGGGGAAAUCCCUGGCUACUCUUGAGAAAACAGUCAUAUUUGGCUUAUUAUGCAUGUUGAAGAAGAAUUUGAACUGCCUCAUUUUGCAUAUUGAAGAAGUUUUUGAAAUUUUGUCGGUGAAUAUGAUAAUCUAGGCAGUGAUGCAAGUAUAUUCCGAACUCGGGAGUAAGAUUUAGUUUCUGAAUCUGGCUAGUUGGUAAGAUCUAAUUUCUGAAUCGGGGUUGGUGGUCCAAAUGAUGCUUGUAAUGUUAACAAACAAUCAUCAAUAGCUUUGUUGAAUGGAUUGUGGCACUUGGUUGAAACACCCAUCAGCAAUUUGUGUACUGUGAUCAAGUUCUCAGUUAGUGCAGUUGUGACAGUCGCUCUUUGGUUUUUUUUUUUUUGGGCGUAGUGCUGGUCCCACUUGUACAGAUUUAUUGCUCUCACUCAUGUUUGUUUGUUGAAGCUUUUACUUUUGCACUACGUAAUAAUCACUUGCUGAGAAUGUAUUUGUCUUUAUUAAUGUUAUAAUUUUAGAUUUAUCUUUCA